AUGCCGGAGACUUCAAAUAGAAGCGGUAUACCCAAGUCCCACGACAUCCUCACAUGCACCAUUCGGGCCCCCCAAUUCUCCUACGCCCACCUUGAACUCAUCACCGGCGACAACACCAGCAACAGCCAGCUCUCCUCAUCCUCCUUCAAAGCCGACCUGGACCCCCUACAGGUGAAGACGUACUGCACAAGUGCUCUGCGCCAGUUUCUGGGUCUCACCGGGGCGGCCGUGUCCGUUGACGUGCUCAAGGUCCAGGGAUCCGAGUGCUGGGUACGCGUUCCCCGCGACGACCUCGCCUCGUUCGCCGCUGCCAUGACAGCCUGGAGGGGCGCCAGGGAGGACGGCAUGCAGAGUCUCCUGCGGUUGAGGCAGUGCUCUGACUGGCUUGGCGCCAUGGUUGGUAGUCAUGGACAGGAGGAGCUGUGGAAUGCUUGA